CUAAGCUGGUACUCACAUCAUGGGUGGGCGGGUGGCACCAGACACGGUUGACUUAGGUGAAGCCUUUCCUAGCUAGUUGCUCUGGAUUCCAUUCGGCAAUGAAGAUGUAGAGCGAUCGGCCUCGAAUUUUGUGUCUGGAGAAGGAAAAUGGUUCCGGAGGUGGCCAAUUCCAAGCCUUUGUUCCUAACGAUCUACGCCACUGUCUCUGUUGGCGUUCUCUUCUCGGCUUUCUAUGUCUUCUCUGCGGUCUAUUCCCCAUCCACCACCUCCUCCCCGCCUAUAUCCGCCUUUUCCAUCGCAUACGAUUCUCCCUCAUCUUCAUCAGAUGUGGAGACUGCGAUUCCAACUAAUAAGCUCAAUGAGUCUCAAACAGCCACUGUUGGUCUACCUCAAGGGCCAGAAGCCCAGGUGCAAAAAAAAACGCUGAAACCAAUAUGGAAGGCCCCCCCUCCUGGUUCAAGAAUGCCAUCCCUAGAAACUUUCAGAUUGAGAAAAGAACUAUUCGAGGAAAGAGUGAGCAAUAAUGUUAUAGUUGUGACCUUUGGUAACUAUGCAUUCAUGGAUUUCAUAUUGACAUGGGUUAAGCACUUGACAGAUAUGGAUGUCAAUAACCUACUAGUUGGUGCGAUGGACACCAAGUUAUUGGAGGCUCUCUACUGGAAAGGUAUACCCGUUUUUGAUAUGGGUAGCCAUAUGAGUACUGUAGAUGUUGGAUGGGGAUCUCCAAUAUUUCACAAAAUGGGAAGGGAGAAAGUUAUUCUAAUAGAUGCUGUCCUACCUUUUGGUUUUGAACUCUUAAUGUGUGACACUGACAUGGUUUGGUUAAAGAAUCCGCUUCCGUACAUUGCACGUUUCCCUGAAGCAGACAUCUUGACAUCUACUGAUCAAGUUGCACCAACAGUAACAGACGACAGUUUGGACAUUUGGCAGCUAGUUGGCGCUGCUUACAAUAUUGGGAUAUUUCACUGGCGGCCAACAGAUUCCUCAAAAAAGUUGGUGAAGGAGUGGAAAGAAAUGCUUAUAAAUGAUGAUAGUAUAUGGGAUCAGAACGGUUUCAAUGAGAUCAUUCACAGACAGUUGGGUCCAUCUGUUGAUGAUGACAGUGGACUUUUUUAUGCUUAUGACGGAAAUCUCAAGCUGGGACUUCUACCUGCAAGUAUCUUUUGUAGUGGACACACUUAUUUUGUCCAGAUGAUGUACGAGCAACUCAAACUAGAGCCUUAUGCUGUACAUACAACAUUCCAAUAUGGAGGGACUGAAGGGAAGCGCCAUCGAUUGCGCGAAGCUAAGGUUUUCCUUGAUCCAUUAGAAUACUACAACCCGCCAGGAGGCUUUCUGUCAUUUAGACCAUCUAUUCCCAAAAGCUUAUUACUAGAUGGAGAAAAUAAUAUUGAGUCACACUUCUCUCUUGUUAAUUACCAAAUUAAACAAAUAAGGACUGCACUUUCUGUUGCUUCACUGCUAAAUCGCACAUUGGUGAUGCCUCCACUAUGGUGUAGGUUGGAUAGAUUAUGGUUUGGACACCCUGGUGUUUUGGUAGGCUCCAUGACAAGGCAGCCCUUUGUUUGUCCUUUGGAUCAUGUGUUUGAGGUUAAUAUUAUGUUGAAAGAACUACCAGAAGAAGAAUUUGGACCUGGGAUCAGUUUUAGAGAAUAUUCUUUAUUUGAAAAUCCAUCAAUGCCCAGAGAGGUGAAAGAGUCUCGGCUUGAUGUGCAACUAUGCCGAGAAGAAUCAAGAGGCUGCCAACUUUCUAACAGCACAGGCGAAAAAGGAAUUCUUAAAUUCCCCAAGAAUAGUUCUGAAGAAAGGUUCAAGACAGUUUUCUCCUCGUUCAAGGAUGUCAAAGUGAUUCAGUUCUCAUCAAUGCAGGAUGCCUUCCUAGGUUUCUCUGACAAGGGAAGGGAAGAAAGAUUCAGAAAGCGAGUGAAGCGAUACGUGGGGAUAUGGUGUUGCGUAGAAAAGAAAACACCAGGUCACAUAUACUAUGAUAUGUAUUGGGAUGAAACACCUGAAUGGAAACCUGUUCCACCCCUGACCCCCCAAGAUGAUCAUCCCCGCUGGUAAAUGAAAUUCAUCACUCCUUUCUUUGCCUACAAAUCCUCCACUUAUAUGGGAGACGGAACAAUGACAAAUUUUCCUGAGCCUUGGAACUAUCACAGAGUUCUGUACUUGAGACGGAUAUAGGGUAAGGUAAAUUCAUGUAGCAAAACUCGCGGAACGUUUUAUAUGUACUAACGUAGGAUGCAUGGACAUUAUUAAUUGUUUUUUCUUUCAUUUUGUAUAUUGACAAAAGCUCUUUACCGUUUGAAAAUUGUAAAUUGUUAAUUAAAUUAUUACUACAAUGACUUUGUGAUAUGAGAUAACCUGCUUGAUUACAUCCAGUGGAAUUAAUUAACUAAACAUAAGCUUAAUGAUUUACACUGUACUAAGCGACUCCAUGUGAAGUUAAUUGCACAUUUCAACCAGAUAUCAAU